UUUGGAGCACUGCAGACACCUCCUUUCCUGGCUACCCCACCUGGAGCUUCAGACACCAUGAUCCUCCCCUUCAGAAAGGUCUCCUGGGCCGGCGCGAUGCUGCUGCUGCUGCUGCUGCUGCUGCUGCCACCCACGCUGCUGUCUCCAGGGGCGGCUGCGCAGCCCCUGCCCGACUGUUGUCGCCAGAAGACGUGCUCCUGCCGCCUCUACGAGCUGCUGCAUGGCGCGGGUAAUCACGCGGCCGGCAUCCUCACUCUGGGCAAGCGGCGGCCGGGGCCCCCGGGCCUCCAGGGCCGGCUGCAGCGCCUCCUGCAGGCCAGCGGCAACCACGCGGCCGGUAUCUUGACCAUGGGCCGCCGCGCAGGCGCACAGCCGGCUCCUCGUCCCUGCCCCGGGCGCCGGUGUCCUGCCGCAGCCGCCGCAGCCGUCGCGCCCGGGGAACCGUCCGGGGUCUGAGCCCUUCUUCAGACUCUGUCCUGGCCCUGCCCUCUCCCUUCUGCCCACCCGGUGUCAGCCCCCAGAAAAAUGUCAAUAAAGACGAGU